AUGCCAGCAAAACAAUUCCCCACGCAAUUAGCCCACACCCUCAAAACCCAUCAUGGCCCGGUAAACACCGUCACAUUCUCCAGUAUAACAGGCAGCUAUGUCCUAACCGGAUCCUCCGACCGCACGAUCCACCUAUCGCGCGCGAUCCCGGACAACUCCCGCGCGCAAACGGUCACCACGACCCCGAUCCAGAAAUACGAGGCGCACGGGUACUCGGUGCUGGACGUGGCUGUCACGGCGGACAAUGCGCAGUUUGCGAGUGUGGGCGGCGAUCGACAGGUGUUUUUGUGGGAUGUUGAGCAGGGUGCGACGGUGAGGAGGUGGGGUGGGCAUGGGGCGAGGGUGGAGGCUGUGCAGUUUGCGGGGGAGGGGGAUUCGGUGGUUGUUUCUGGCAGCGCAGACACAACCAUCAACCUCUGGGACACACGGUCCAACGCACACAAACCGAUCCAAACACUCAGUGACGCGGGCGACACCGUCUCCUCGCUACACACACACAUGGCGUCCUAUUCAAUAGCCAGCGGGAGCUAUGAUGGACGCGCGCGCAUCUACGACGUCCGCACAGGCCACGCGACGGUCGACGUGCUCGGCCACCCCGUUACCAGCGUGCGGUGCUCCACAGACGGAAACGCCCUGCUUGUGUCGACGCUGGAUAGUCGGAUACGAGUGCUGGACCGGUCAGACGGGAAGCUGUUGAAGGCUGUGGGGGGGAGGACGGGGGCGACGAAGGAAGAGGAGGAACCCGAGUACCGCAAUACUGAGAUGCGGAUGCGCACUGUGUUUGCGCAGGGGGAUGCGGUCGUGCUGAGUGGAAGUGAGGGGACGGCCAAGCAGCAGGCGCAUGUGUUUGCGUGGGAUGUGGUUAGUGGGGAGGUUGUUGCUUGCUUGCCUGCUGGGGAGGGAGUUAAGGCUGUGGGCUGGUGGCGCGAACUGAUCCUGUCGUCCAACAUGAGCACAGCCAUGUGA